UGAUGUGAUCCGACUGACCGGAAAACAGGCGGCCGGGCUGAGUGGAGCGGAGGCAGGUAGAGGAAAGAUGGCAGCCGCGGCAGUGGCUGAGUUUCAGAGAGCACAGUCUCUUCUUGGAACAGACCGGGAUGCCUCUAUCGAUAUUCUACAUUCAAUAGUGAAGCGGGACAUCCAGGACAGUGAUGAGGAGGCGGUGCGUGUUAAAGAGCAGAGCAUCUUGGAGCUGGGCACCCUGCUGGCCAAGACGGGACAGGCUGCGGAGCUGGGUGGCCUUCUGAAAUAUGUGCGUCCCUUCCUUAACUCCAUCUCCAAGGCCAAGGCGGCGAGGUUGGUGCGUUCCCUACUUGACCUCUUCCUGGACAUGGAGGCUGCCACAGGUCAAGAGGUUGAACUGUGUCUCGAGUGCAUAGAAUGGGCUAAAGUUGAGAAGAGGACAUUCCUGAGACAGGCACUGGAGGCUCGUCUCAUUUCACUGUAUUUUGACACUAAAUGCUACCAGGAGGCGCUGCAGCUUGGCUCACAGUUACUUCAGGAACUGAAGAAGAUGGACGACAAGGCUCUGCUGGUGGAAGUUCAGCUGCUGGAGAGUAAGACGUACCACGCACUCAGUAACCUCCCCAAGGCCCACGCCGCGCUGACUUCUGCCAGGACGACCGCCAACGCCAUCUACUGCCCUCCCAAACUACAAGCAGCUUUAGACAUGCAGUCAGGGAUCAUUCACGCAGCGGAGGAGAAGGACUGGAAGACGGCGUACUCCUACUUCUACGAGGCCUUCGAAGGCUAUGAUUCCAUCGACAGCCCACGAGCCAUCACAGCCCUCAAAUACAUGCUGCUCUGCAAAAUCAUGCUCAAUGCACCAGAGGACGUUCAGGCCCUGAUCAGUGGCAAACUAGCUCUCCGAUAUGCUGGCAGACAGACAGACUCACUAAAAAGUGUGGCUAAAGCUAGCAAGAACCGGUCGCUCGCCGACUUUGAAAAGGCACUGAUGGAGUAUAAGGCGGAACUGAAGGACGACCCCAUCAUCAGCACUCACCUGACCAAGCUGUACGACAACCUGCUGGAGCAGAACCUCAUCAGGGUCAUUGAACCGUUCUCCAGGGUCCAGAUAGCACACAUCUCCUCUCUCAUCACACUCUCUAAGGCAGAUGUGGAGAGGAAAUUAUCACAGAUGAUCCUGGAUGAGAAGUUUCACGGUAUUUUGGACCAAGGUGAAGGCGUGUUGAUUGUCUUUGAUGAACCGGCGGUGGAUAAAACGUACGAGGCGGCGUUGGAGACCAUUCAGAACAUGAGCAAAGUGGUGGACUCCCUCUACAACAAAGCUAAGAAGCUAACAUAAGGGGGGCGCCAAACUGCCAGUCAUCUGGUGGGAUGUGACGUGGACCAGUCAGACCUCCGUAAACCAACA